AUGACCGAAAACACUGAAAACUGUGGUUCAUCUGCUUGUACCUCGUUAAACAAGAUAUUAUCCGUUCAGUCAUCAACAAGACCAUACAAUUGGAAAUAUCCACUAACUGCAGAACGAAACUGGCUUGAAUUAGAGUUCCUUUUGCACUCAGCAACCUGUUUGCACUUAGAUGAACAACAAAUGUUGGUGUCUAUGCUCAACAAACUUCCUCAAUCAUAUCGAGAAUUAGUUUCACGCUAUAUAAGUGCUCUUAACCAAACAAUUAAUUUGUCUGGUUAUUCGUGGGAUACAUCAGCUCGCUUCAGACGAUUAGUUGAAUUGGGUGAAAGGAUCGCAAACUAUCUGAGGCCGCCUUGGUUCUUCUAUUGCUCCCGUGAGGUUGGUCUUACUGAAACAAACCAAGCACAUUUAAUUCGUAAUGCAACUAAUUUAAUGCAGAAAUACCAAGAAAUUCAAAACCAAUUUUUACAACUGUGCAAUUUAUUACAGCCUACGAACAUUGAAGAUAUCUUUCGACUAUUAAGUCAUAUGCUAUCUAACUUAAUUGAAUUUGUGAAACAUUCCUAUGCAAAUGUUGAAGCAGUGUAUAAUAACGUAUUAAAAUUAGUUGGAGAUGAAAUGUCGCCUACACCAUAUGAUUGGUCUAUUCAUUUUCAUUAUUUUACUGAAGUGCAUUUUAUCACGUCUUGA